AUGAGUGACGAGGUCGCCGCGUCCCCCCUUCCGGUAAACGAGAUCAAAUACGAAGAUGUCUCGCAGCUGAACUUUUCCAAACUGUACUCGCCGAAAAUGAAGAGCGUCUACUGGCGCUAUUUUGGCUUUCCCUCGAACGACAACAACGAGGUAAUCACCAAGCAGAACGUGGUGUGCAUCAAGUGCCACAAGGUGCUGACCAACCACGGGAAUACGACCAACUUGCGGGCCCACUUGCAGCAUCGGCACAAAGACCUUUUCCGGGACCUCUGCCAGGAACAUGAUAUCCAAGUGCCGCCGAGAAAAACGCCGCGCAACGUCACACAUUCGCCGCUCACGAAGCGAAACGUCUCCACACGUCGCGUGAAGCUGGAAUUUAUUAAUAAUCGCAAUCAUGACAAUGCCACAGACGACGACGAAAUGGACGAGGCCGCCGUUGCCACCGCCGCCAUGCAGGCCGAGGAGGAAUCGUCGUCUCAGACCCUACUGUACGAGUCGAUGGUGCCGUUCACAUACGAAGAAUCUGACAAUGUGGUCGAGGAGGAGGAGCGCGUCGUUUCCGUGGAGCCAAAGUUUCAACGCAAGGUAGGAAAAGUGGGACGGCCGCCGGCUGCUCUACACCACACUCGAGCCAUUAAGACCGAGGAUGGCGGCUACUCGACUUCUAACAUAGCCAACUUGGCAGAGGCCCUGACCGACAUAGUCAUAAGGGAUGUGCGCAAUGUGGAGACGCUCUACGACGUGGGUCUCAGCGAUUUUAUACGUCAGGCCAUGGGCAAUGCUGCGAUCAUGCCCGAGCCGGAAAAGGUUGAUUCCCUUCUGUCCGAGAUGCACGCCUCCAAGUUCUUGGAGAUUGGAGAACUUACGCGAGAGUUCAGUGCCGAGAAACCCUUUUCGCUGGCCUUUGAACGCUGGGUGAAUGUGGAGCAGCGUCGUUUCCUCACCAUUUACUACCACUACCUGGACGAGGAGACCCAGUCCGUACGCAGCGCCUUGCAUUCAACAGUGGAAUAUAACGAUUACAUCGUAUUUGAUGAUCUGCUUACCGACUUCUACUUGACCAACUGCACCCUGGUAAUCAUCAAUUACGACGAAGAAGAGGACUUGCUGUACAGUUAUUUCAAAGAAAAGAAUAUUCCAAUUGUACUCUGCUAUGUCUCGGUCAUUGACAAAUGUCUGCUGCGCGUGUUUGACAUAGAGGAGGUGGCCUCGUUGCUAGAGCAGGUGAAGGAUAUCAUUCAGCGGCAUUCGGCUGAGAUUAGCUCAAAGGUUUCGGAGCUGCCCUCGUACAAUGAGAAUUUCCCUUGGACCCUUUAUGAGAUGCUGAAGUUUUUUACUGAAUCGAUUUCGUGGUCUGAAGACAUGGAUCAACUAGUGCUGACGGCCAAGACAGUGACAGAAGCACUCAGUGCUUUGGUGAUUGCAUUGGACACAUUGAGGGGCGAGGAUAUUCCACUGUGCAGCAUGCUGUCGCCGAUAACAUCAAAGAUAUUGAUUAAGAAACUGGGCAUCGUGGAGCAGGAUGAUUCACUGAUGAUGAACAUAAAGCGCACCAUUGCUGGUGUGCUGCAGAGCUACGUUAUAUCCAAUGAAAAUCUUGCCAGCGCUGCUCUGCUCGAUCCCCGAUUCCAUCGCCUGACGACCAUUGAGAAUCUGGAUAGAUGUGUCCGCAUGCUGACACAGAAAUACAACAAAUCGUUCGGCGGAUCGAACGGCGAACCAACAGAAGUGGCAGCCACUACCUCCGUGAGCACUUUGCCCACUGUUAACAUCAAGACAGAGGCAAGAACCAGCGAUGGUGCCAAGAAGUCGAAGCUGGAACUUUUGUUUGAUGUUGCCGAGAUACCAAACCGACCCAAGCGGGAUGCCGACAGCAAUGUGGAAACUGAUCUGAAACGUUACCGCAAUGAGGUAGUUGUACAGUUGGACGAGUCCCCCAUUGAGUGGUGGGUCAAGAUGGGACACAUUUAUCCAACGCUGUGCGAUCUUGCCACCUUAUAUCAGAGUGUGCCCGGCGUGGUGACCCUCAGCUUUAAGAAGGCGCUGCGAGAGCAGAUAUAUGACUUCAACAAGCGUUCCAUGCUCACAGGAAACCAAAUCGAUGCAAUAUUGUUUUUGAAUCAUCACAGAAAUUAAUCAAUCGCACAUAGCAUGGCUCGCUGGAUAUUGUGGCUUUUUCUUAUUCGUAGUCGAAGGAAAAUGAAGAAUUCUGAUUUUCUACUGAAUGUACAACAGAAUUCAUUGUUUUUAACUUCCCUUUUUAAACCCCAGAACUUAUUCUAAUCUAUUUGUAUAUGACUACGGCCUAUUAAUUGGGAUUUUAUUUAAAUUGGAAACGAAUGAAGACAAAGGAAAGUCAGACUUGGCCUUCUACUGGAGCAUUGGGCACACAUAUUUCUGUAUAAUAUGAAACCUAAAUAUAAAUUUAAAAUGGA